AUGGCCAACUCACUUGCCCUUCUUGCCACCUUUGCCCUACUCUUCAUCACCGCCAUCCAAGCAGCUGACCCCGAGUUGAUCUCCGACUUUGCUGUACCAGAAGGUGCCGAUGAGGGCAAAGUUGACGGAGUAUUUUUCACCUACACCGGCUUAAGAGGCGGUGCACCCUCUUCCACGACAGGCCUAGGCCGCAAGUCUGUGUCCAUCAAGGAAUUCCCAGCUCUUAAUGGACAAGGUGUCUCAUUGGAACUCCUUGAAUUUGCACCGGGCUCGGUCAACGUACCCCACACCCACCCACGAGGGGGCGAGGUAUUGUUCGUGGUGGAGGGGGCGUUGACGGUGGGCACAGUGGAUGGGAAUGGGAAGUUGUACAAGAAUGUGGUGCAAAAGGGUGACGUGUUUGUGUUCCCCAAGGGGUUGCCUCACUACCAAGCUAAUUUCGACAAGAACAACAAGGCUGUGGUUGUUUCCGCAUUUGGAAGCUCUAAUGCUGGGAAUGUGGCUCUUCCUAAGAACUUGUUUGGUUCUAACAUUCCCGAUGAAGUUCUUGGCAAGGCCUUUAAGAUUUCACCUGAUACCAUUCAACAACUCAGGAAUGCCCAAAACUAG